UGUGUGUGUGUGUGUGUGUGUGUUCCAAGGGGAGGUCUCUGGUGAAAACAGAGGUAAACCAGAAAGGUCCCUCUGUCUUUCUUCGGACACAGUCAAGAUGAGAACAAGUUUUCUUCUCCUCUGCCUGGCUGGUGCCUUCCUGCAGACGACCCUGGGAGCUCCAGCAGAACCAGGGACAGUGGUGUCCCUGAAGGACGGGAAGGUUCGAGGAGCUUACGCCACCGUGAAGGGCACAGACAAGAGGGUGCAGCAGUACCUAGGGAUCCCGUUCGCCCGGCCCCCUGUGGGCCCCCUGCGCCUGGCCGCUCCCCAGCCUCCAGAGCCCUGGGAGGGGGAGAGAGACAGCACCCUGCAGCCUCCCAUGUGUAUUCAGGACAAAGCUGUGGCUCUGCAGGUGUCGCAGACCAUGUCGAUAGAGUACACCCUUCCUGCCAUUUCUGAGGACUGUUUGUAUCUGAAUGUUUACACUCCAACAAAUAGUGCCUCAGAAAAACUCCCUGUGUUUGUCUGGAUCCAUGGAGGGGGCCUGUCCAUGGGAGCUGCCUCUCAGUUUGAUGGAGCCCCUUUGGCUGCCUACGAGAACAUUGUUGUGGUGGUCAUACAAUAUCGCCUGGGCAUUUUGGGAUAUCUGAGCACGGGCGACGAGCACGCCAGGGGGAACUGGGGCUUCCUGGACCAGGUGGCAGCGUUGCAGUGGGUACAGGAGAACAUCCAUCAGUUCGGAGGAGACCCCCAGUCGGUGACCAUCGCGGGGGAGUCUGCAGGGGGCAUCAGCGCUUCAACCCUGACUCUGUCUCCAUUGACAAAGGGGCUGUUUCACCGCGCUGUGUUCCAGAGUGGAGUGUCAACCCUGGGCCCAUACACAACCAAUGUUCCCCUGGUCCAGGCCAAGACUGUUGCCAACCUUACGGAGUGUGAUCACCCAGACACACAGCAGCUGGUCAGCUGCCUCAGAGACAAGACUGAGGAACAACUGCUGAAUGCCACAAAAAAGAUGAAGAUCUACCUGGGGGCUGUGGUAGAUGGGGUCUUCCUGACAGACCUGCCAGAGGAGCUACUGAAGAAGAAGGAAGUGAUGAAAGUUCCUGUGUUGAUUGGUGUGACCAAUCAUGAAUUUGGCUGGAUCCUUCCUCGGGCAUUUGCCCCUCCUGGCUGGGACACAGGCAUGGACAGAGAGAGCGUCAUGUCCAUGAUGGCCAUGUUCAAUCCUCAAGGGGUCUCCGGUGCCAACCAGCUCUUAGCAGAUGAGUACCUUAAAGAUGCCAAAACUCCGGAGGAGAUCCGGGAUGGGUUCACCCACAUGCUGGGAGACGUCUUCAUGGUCCUGCCUGUCAUCAAAGUGGCUGGGUACCAUAGAGCUGCGGGAGCUCCUGUGUACAUGUAUGAGUUCCAGCACCGGCCUGAGGCACACAAGCUGACCAGGCCUGCCUUUGUCAAGUCAGACCACGCAGACGAAGUGGGCUUCAUGUUCGGGGCCUGCUUUUGGAAUGGACACAUAAAGAUCACAGGUACCAUCACUCAGGAAGAGGAAAAGCUGUGCAAGACCAUGAUGUCAUACUGGGCCAACUUUGCUCGCACUGGUUCUCCCAACGGUGCUGGUCUGCUGCAGUGGCCUCUGUACGGACCGAACCAGGAGUUCAUGGAGCUGGAUCUGAUCCCGUCCGUCAGCCAGAACAUGAGGAAGGAGCAGCUCCUCUUCAUGACGGUCACCCUCCCCAAGAAACUGGCCACAGCAGCAUCUCCUGCCCGCUAGGCUUCGCUGGCCUGUCAGGAGUAAACCACUUCAUAACGACUUCAGUAAAGAUGACAAGAAUGUGUUAGGUUACAUUGGCACCAGCUUCUUUCAACGCUCUUUAUUAAUCUCUCGUAUUUUGAGAACACGUCACAAUUUGUAUCAUUUAUGAUCACUUCUGUUUGUGUCACGUCGUAGCCUAUUAAAGCACUUUCACUGCA